CUAUGUCUCCAUGACAAUGAACGGCGACCCCGGUGAUUACAGACCGGUCAGUGUGAGAGAGCGGCGCAUGAAUGGAAGAAGAAGCCUUUAGUCCCGGUUGUUAGUAGUGAGUGAGCAGUGAGUGAGAGGAGAGUAGUGAGUGAGUAGUGAGUGAGCAGUGAUUGAGCAGUCAGUGAGUAGAGGAGUCGGGGGAAGAUGAAGGGACAGGAGUGAGUGAGUGACAUUCCCUGACGCACCGGCGCGAGUUCCUGUUCCAGUUAAAGGGGAAGUGACCGAGACAAGUGGUUGGAGCCGGAGCUGUUGCUGCUUCUCAUAUAAAGCUGUGGGAGCGGGAGACAGAGGUGAAUGUUCAGGGCUGAGCUGCUUCCACGGAUGAGGCUGAUGCGGAGUCUCCCGGGGCCACAGGGGAAGCGUGAGAUGAAAGCGCCGAGUCUGUGAGUCUGAUGAAGUCUCUCCGGACAUGUCUGAUCGCUGGGCUCCUCCUUCAGCUGCAGGUGCCUGACAACCAUGGAGUCAUGUUACACGUCCAAGACCCCAUCAUAAACACAACCGUCUCACAGGAUAUCGUUUUGGCCAUAGAAUGUCUCUGUAAUGGGACAACCUUCAUCAAGUGGGAACAUAUGUCCAGUAGAGGGAUCCAGCACAUUAUCGAAUGGAAGUCUGGAUCUUAUCGUAACAUCUCGGAAAAUUACAACGACAGGGUUCAAAAUUACGAGAAUGGUUCUAUAAAGCUUUUGAACGUUGGGGUGAAAGACACUGGGUUUUAUGUGGUAACAGUGACUGAAGAAUUUGGACUCACCAAACAUGGCACCAUCGUCCUCAACGUUCAUGAAAUCUUGUAUGAAGACUUCUAUUUUGUGGCCGUGUUCAUUGCAUUUCUGGCUGCUGGUGCGGCUGUUUUAGUCCUUGUACUGUGGAUUUGCAACAAAUGCGCAAAUAUUUAUCAUAAGAAAAAGCAGCUCCAAAGAGCGGAGGAGAUGGAAAUGCGAAUAAUAGCAGAACAGUUAAGCAGCUGAUGUACAUGUUCUACAUAGAGAUCCAGCAGAGAAUGUUGCUGAGUUGGACUCCACAUCACUUUCCUACUGGUCACUAUGGAAACUGAGAAAGAACUGAAAGGUUCCUUGUCUUUCCGCACUGACUGACAGUUUUCCCCCCCCUCGUGUAGGGGGCAAGGAUUUCUGUCCUCCGGCUACUUCUGCACUCACUUCCAGGGGGCUCAUUUACUUGUUACACAGUGAAACUUUUCCUUUAAAUUGUUCUGCAGCCGUCUGCUAAUCACUGAUUGGUUGCUAUGGGUUGCUGCCCUAGGGGAGGCAUGUGCCCAGUUUUUGUAAAUGAGCCGGUACGAUACAGAAUACUCCGGAUCAUGGUCUGUACAUAAACACUGAGCACGGCGACGAGGGACGGGCACAUUCUCCAGACAAUGAUCUUAUCAACUGAUACAACCAGUUCCAUGACAUGCCAUCCACGGCUCGGCGACAUGUUGCAACGCGUCCGUAUCACGCAGAGAGAGGGAGGGAAUGGUAAUUUAUUUUGUAUGUUGUGUGUGAGUCCACUAUAGUGACUUUGUUUACAUUUUUAUUGUCGCUUAUUUGGAAAUAAAUGAACAAACCAGU